GCAAACAAAGCUGCACAUCUGUGAAAAUGAGGUGGCACUGCCUUGAGCACUCGUGCAUUUAUGCAGCGGCAAAGUGCRGAGCUGCUGUUGUGAUCGUGGAUCCGUUUCAAACAGAUCCAUUUUAAGCAGACCCCCUGCUAUAUAAGGGGCAGCUCCACGGGUCCCUUCCGCAGAUGGAAGGAGGAAAACUCCCGACCAAGCCACACCUGAGCAACUCAGCAGCAGAAAUGGCUCCAGGCUCCUGGCUCUCUCCUCUGGCCCUUGCCGUGGUCACCGUGGCACUGCAGUGGCCGCAGCCAGCCGCCACCUUCCCGGCCGUGCCCCUGUCCAGCCUGUUUGCCAACGCCGUGCUCAGGGCUCAGCACUUGCACCUCCUGGCUGCUGAGACCUACAAGGAGUUUGAACGCAGCUACAUCCCCGAGGAGCAAAGRCACACCAACAAGAACUCCCAGGUAGCCUACUGCUACUCAGAAACCAUCCCUGCUCCCACGGGCAAGGAGGACGCCCAGCAGAAAUCGGACAUGGAGCUCCUGCGGUUUUCCCUGGUUCUCAUUCAGUCCUGGCUGGGCCCGGUGCAGUACCUGAGCAAGGUGUUCACCAACAACCUGUUUUUCGGCACCUCUGACAGGGUGUACGAGAAGCUAAAGGACCUGGAGGAAGGGAUCCAGGCUCUGAUGAGGGUAAGGCACAGCUCGGCUGUGGGAUGACAGAGAUCUGCCAGGGAGGGGGAAUCUGGAUCUCAGGGACCCCCAGACCAUGAGAAACCUCCCCACCUUCCACGGGGCAUCCUUUGGACUUUGCUUCCCAUUAGAUGACGAGAUCAGAGCCCCCCAGGGCACAGGUCCCAUCGCUGGAGGGGUGUCAGGACACAGGAGAGGGGUCACCAGCACUGCCACAACCCCUCG